UCUAGCACUUCACAUCAGCUGCUUAGAUUUGGUGGUCGCCCGCAUCUCAGCGUUGACGAGGACUUCAUUGUUUUCUUUUUAUUGCGAGGGCCAUAUUUUAUUUUUGUCACUUUCAACAUGACUGCUAAUAUUCUUAGGAGCGUCGUCGUCUUGCUGGCCCUGCAGUUCGUCUUCUCUCAAGACUUUGGGAGCCUAAUCCGCAACUGCAGGGUGCAACAUACAGAGCGUCUCAACGAGUGCGUCGUGGGGGCCGUUAAGAUCAUGCAACCAAAGUUUGCCAAAGGCAUCCCUGAGCUGGGCCUGCCAAGGAUGGAUCCUCUGAAGCUUGAGGACUUCAGCUUAAAUCAAGCCGAUGGCGCCGUGCGGUUCUCCGCAAACUUCAGGAACCUCUCCAUCACAGGCGUCGGCAGAUUUGAACUGAAAUACCUCGACAUCAACACCGUCGCCGGCAGCGUACACCUCGGCUGCGUAGUGCCGGCGCUGAGCGUGAGGGGUAACUACGAUAUCAACGGCCGCGUCUUCGAACUUCCAGUCGAGGGCAAUGGGCCGUUCAUCGCCCUGCUGGAAGGGAUCGUGGCUGAAGGCGUUGGGUUUGUGAGUGUCCAGAACAAUCGCCUACAGAUGACUAGGAUGGAACUUGACUUUAAAAUUAAGAAUUUUAAAUCUAAAGUGGAGAGGCUUUUCGGGGGCAACGACGUACUGAGGUCGACUCUGGAGCAUUUCCUGACCGAAAACACAGACGUGGUGCUUGAACAAGUUCGCCCAACGCUGGUGAACAACAUGAACUCGUUUUUGACGACGGUUGUGAACGUCAUCCUCGGACAGCUCCCCAGUGACGUUAUGAGCCGCAUCCCCAACACAAACUCCCUGGACAAACAUCGGGCGCGCACCCUGCGUGUGCAGGCUGAGAAGCGCAACGCUGCCGCGGCUGCUGGGAGUCGCGCGGGCUAGCGUCCGAGUCGAGCCGAUUUCUAAAUUAGUUUUAGGCUCUCAUGAGGAUGAUAGAAGUGGUCAAUAUACUGCAUCAAACAGCUCUUUAAGAAUAGCCUAAUUUAAUUUAACAAAGCGGACGAGAGUCUAGAAGAACCCAUCUACGAAUGGAAUCUAGGAUACCAGAAAUCGAGUGGUAUAGAGUUUUUAGAAAAACCACCCCUUAAAAAUAUCGCGAUUACGCGUGCCGUGGCAUUCUUAGCGUACAGCUCUCUGUAACUAAGUCAUGGACAUCAGCGACAUGCGUGAAAACGCACUUAUAAACUGGUCUUUGAUUUGAGUUUAACGCACCAGAUGUACUGAAGAGAUUAGUCUGUGAAUCACACUUAUUAUCAAAACAAUAUUAACACGAACCCCGCUGGCAGACGUACUGAGCGAACUGUCCAUAGAAUUAGGUGUUAAAAACCUGGAACUACGCGGGCCAGACUACUGACCGAACUUCUUGGAUGAGAGCCCACCGCUUGCUGUAUACAAGCCAGCUGAGUUACUUCAUGAAUGCAUUCUCCCCUGCAUUGGUGCUUCAAAAAAUAUGUUUAUUGUAGGACAUCCAAUAAAAAUUUUUGCUGGAAUAAGGAGCACAAUGUUUCCAUAAGCAGGUAGGAGGUUGACUUAUAUUCACAGAAUCUAGUAAUUUAACUCGGUGUCAGCUAACUUCUCUCGAGGGAAGAUUCAGAUACGGAGAAAAAAGUAAUAGUAGUUGUGGUGUCAGCGUUGAGUAGGCCUGUCGCCGAUUCUAAAUGUAACAGAGUCCUUACAGCUUGCCAGAGUUUCAACUCAUUGUUCCAAAAUUGCCAUUCUCAUUCAUCCGACCUCCCGGCCUACUUAGACGAAAACUGUCACAGGAAGUAGUGAUCAAAACCGAAACUCAUUGAUUCAAUCCUGGUAUACUGGACUGUAACCACAAAGUCACCAUGUCUCGCCAAUGUUAAAGCUCGAACCAAUAAGGCCUCGUAAACCAUUGAUAAAUUCAGGUACUUCGCUUCACGAACCGUUUGACCCAGUCUAUUCAAUAGCAGAAUGAAAGCUAUGAUAAGUCAUAUGUGUGAGCCCGAUCAAUAGCCCAUGCGUUUAAAAGCUCAUAGCGUCAUUGGAAGAAAAGUUAUCGUGUAUUACCUAAUCAUUGUUUGAAUAAUUUUGCUGAAUGUAGCUUUGCUCUGGUUUGCUGUCUCACAGGCAGCCAGAAUAAUACAGUUUUGUCGUCAAUACUUAAGCAUGCAGCCUGUCAAUGACGAAUACCUGUCAUUGAGGACCUUAACGUCGAGUUUGAGACGUGAGAGAAACGGUACAAAGCAGGAAUGUGCAAUUUAGAGAAGAUAUCUCCAACCCCCGGUCUCCAGCUCAAUUUAGGCUCUGCUUACCUGCCCUGGCGGGCUUUAUCAUGCAGCUGUCGCCAAUGGCUCCACAUAUCGUGCAGCUGCCAACCAGGGGCCGUAUUAUCAAAACUUCGUAAGUACGCAAAAUCGAAUUACGAGUGGCGUAAGUGCCGAUAUGAUGACGUGAAGUUGCGCUUCUCUAAAUCAUGCAGCAGGGCAAACCAGCUGAGUACCUGCUCUGAGCGGCUCUAACAGUGCUCGGUGACUGUCGAGUUUGACCGAUUGUGUUUGACCGACGAUUUAAAAUUAUUUUCUUUUGUCUCUCGGUGGGAUUGGGAGGAAGUGACUACGAUCUCAGAAUAUAGUGUUUCAUGAAUGCUUUUAGAAUAAGUACAUUUUACCGUAAUUCUUUGCAUGAGCGGAAAUCUUUAGACGGCAAAUUAAAUUGUUUUGUUAUUUAAUGAAUAAAAAUUUGUAUGCAAGUCACGUGGUGAAAAAUCAUAACUGGCACUAAAAAUGGACUCAAAUAUUGUAUGGUGGAUCAAGUACAAAAUAAUAAAGAAAGCUGCCCACUA